AUGAGGGAUGAGAUUUACGCCCAUACUUACUCUUCGUCGCUAAGUGCCGAUCAAUACAAAGAAAUCCGGAAGGAAUUACAAAACGCACUCACUUCACUGUCGAAUGGGUUAAGCAAAAAGCUGAAAGACGACUGUUUUAAGAUCAUUCAGGAAUGCACAACAGGCACUAUCAGCCCAUCAUUAAAAGCAGAACUUACAAAACAGAUAGAAGAUCCAGAACAGUCGUUGCAGGCUGUAAUGAACAAAUUGAGAAACCAGAAUGAACUGCUUAGCAAAAUGAGAAAAGAUAUAAUGGACAAAUUACACAAAAUCAGUGUGACUGAAGACCGGAGUGAAAAGAUUAUAAAAGUAAUAGAUAAUGAGCUAGCGUUGAGUGGAGCUGCAAAUGAAAGCAAAGACAUAGAUUUUGUUGAAGGAAUUAUCACAACAGUUAUUAAUAAAGCAAUAAAGAAAGUCGGAAACGAAAAUGACUAUCCGAAAAUUCGCAGCGUUGUUGACAAGAUUCUUAAAGACAUUGAAAACAUACCUGAUGUGGAAAUACUAUCAGCAGAACACAAGAGCAUCCUUCAUCUAAAUUAUAUAGAAGCGAAAACAAUGGAAACUGCGAAGUAUGAACGCACGAUACAAAUGCCGAUAAAGGUGAAUCAGUACAAGGAACAUAUGGUGGCUGUUUGA